AGUCUAGUGGACUAAACUGUUUUUUGUUGUUGUUGUUGUUGUUGUUUUUAAAUAUAACACUUUAUCUAUUUGCAUUUGCAGAUUUCAGUUUCACUUCAUAUCUCAUAUCACUUCAUGUCAAAAUGGGGGCAUCAGAGUCGCAUGCAAGAGCUCUAUCUGAGGCAAGAAAGAGGGAGCUGGAGAGAAAAGAGAGAGAACUGAAUAAAACCACGGAACGAGCGACAGAACUGGAUGAAAGUACAAUGGAACUGUAUAGAAGUGUGACAGAACUGGAUAAAAGUGCAAUGGAUCCAGAUAUUAGAGAGAGAGAUCUGGAAAGAAGAGAGAAAGAAGUGGAGAGAAGAGAAACAGAACUGGAGAAAAGACUGAUUGACCAACAUAGACCACAGAUGUGCUGGUUUUUAAGCGAGACUGUACUGGGAAAAAGAGAGAUGGAACCUAGAUAUUAAAGAAAUAGAGCAGGAGAAAAGAGCAAUGGAUCCAGAUAUUAGAGUGAGACAACCAGAGAAGAGAGUGAUGGAACUGGAUAACAGAGAGAGAGAACUGGAGAAAAGAACAAUGGAACUUGAUAGAAGAGCGAUGGAACUGGAUGGAAGACUGAUGGACCUGCAUGUGGAACUAACUAGAAGAGCGACAGAAAUGGAUAUUAGACAGAGAGAAAUGGAGAAAAGGGCAGAGAGAAGACAGACUGAACUGGAUGAAAGACUGAUGGACCUGCAUGUAAGGACGUAUAAGCUGUAUAUAAGAGACAGAGAAACAAUGGAACUGGAUGGAAGAGAGAUAGAUCUGAAGAAAAGAGAGAUGAAACCAGAUAUUGGAGAGAUACACAUGGAGAGGAAAGAAAUGGAACUGUAUAUUAAAGAGAGAGAACUGGAUUUUAGAGAGAGAGACCUUGAUAGAAGAGAGAGCGAAAUGGAGAGAAGAGUGAGUGAAAUGGAGAGAAGAGAGAGCAAAAUGGACAGAAGAGAGAGCGAAAUGGAAAGAAGAAAAAACGAAAUGGAUAAAAGGGAAACCGAACUGUAUAGAAGAGAGCGAGAACUGGAGAGAGAAGAGAGAGAACUUGAUAGAAGAACUGAAAGAAUGAAACCUGUGAGAUGUAGCAGCAAUGAGUUAGAUCAUCCUAACAGUAAGAAUUUUGUUAUUUAUGCACAUUUUCAUUGAUGCAUAUGAUGACAAAGGAUCGUGAAAUGAUUAUAAUUUCACACAAUAGACCAAACUUGACUUUCAUUUUGAGACCACACACUGGAUAAAAUAACGAAUAGUUUUAUCAUUUCGUGACUCAAUCUUAAGUAGACCUACAAUAGAUCUACAAUAGAUCCGGCGAUACAAACAGAAGGUAACACUUUCAGUAUUAUUAAACAAUAAUCAUUACU